CGGCUUCCUGGCAACCCUAAUGCGCCAUUUUCUUUUAUCUUUGUCCAUUCAUUGGAUUCCAUUGUUACUUGACUUCUUUAAAUGUGUAAAGUGGUUUUAGAAAAUAAGUAAUUAUUUUUAUGCUCUAAAGUCGGGAGUAAAGACGGGCCUACACCUUAGAUGAAAGUGAAAAUAGUGAAAAAUAUAACUAUGCGAUCUCAACUGUGUUUGCCUUUAUCUCUUCUAUUUUUAGCCUGCGGAGUUCUUACGAGUGCCCAAAACGCUGAGGAGAUCCGAGUGGUGGUGAAAGAAGGCUCUCCACUCACGGUGGAAUGCUCGCUGCGUGUCGAACACCGUGCCGAGUGGCGACUUGGUGGCAGGCCUGUGCCCGCUGAUAUGAGAGUUUUGGGGGAAACUGCUUCCGGUGGCCGACUGACAGCAAAACUGCACGCGUCUUCAGCUCGGCAGCACCACGCCGGAGUCUACACAUGCAGCGAGCAACCCGUGCAGCGCGUACGGGUCUUGGUGGAGCCUGCGCCUCAGACAUCAUCACCCGACUCGUCAACGAUUGCUCCGGUCACCGAGCCCACCCAAGAACUGGUCAAUUAUGAGGCCUUGAAGUACAUCGUUGGACGCCCGUUCAAUUUGAAUUGCACUCUCGCCGUGCCACUGGAUUCGUUUGAGAUCGUAUGGAAGAAGAACAGCGUGCCUCUCGGCGAGGUGGCCGGCCUCAAGGAGCGGUACGAGCUCCAGAACAAGGGGCUCACCUUCCAGAUCAAGGGCCGCAGUAACGAGGACGACUACGGCAACUACACGUGCGGCCUCAAGAACCAAACGGGACAUAUCAAAGCCUGGAUGGUCACGGGAAACGUGCACGCCAAGAUGACCAAGGACGCCAACGUGGUCGAGGGACAGAACAUUAAGAUCACUUGCAAGUUGAUCGGCAAGCCGUACUCUGAGGUGACGUGGAAGUACAAGAAGGACGAGUUGGACAACGGCACGGACGUGAGCGCGGUGCUGGGCAGUCGCGUGCAGCUGGAGAAGAACGAGCAGGGCCUGGACAACACCGUGCUGGUGCUGCAGAACGCGGAGCGCGCCGACGCCGGCCUGUACCAGUGCAGCCCGGCCGGGGGCACGCCCGCCGACGUCACGCUCAGGGUCAAGGGCGUGUACGACGCGCUCUGGCCCUUCCUCGGCAUCUGCGCGGAGGUCGUGGUGCUCUGCGCCGUCAUACUCUUCUACGAGAAGAGGAGGACCAAGCCCGAGCUCGACGACUCCGACACCGACAACCACGACCAGAAGAAGUCGUAGGCGCCCGCGCGCUCCGUGCGACGCCGCUGCCCCCACGCUGUGUUCGUACACAAAACUACAAUCAUAUUCUAUAUUCGCCUUUUAAUUCUAUUAUUUCACAAUAAAAAAACGCUGUAUGUAUUUUUUGAAUACGCUCUGUAGUUUAGUCUAAAAUGAAAUGUAUUAAAAAUUAUGUAGAAGAUUAAUCUUUAGUAACAUUUACUACUACCCUAUGGUACUUAUCUAUAACACCGUUAUCUAUGUAAAUUAUAUAUUGUCACUGUUAUUGACCCCCCUCUGCAAAUGACUAAAAACGUUACCUAUGUUCAGGUACAGCGUUGGUUACGAUAACACCACUUAUUGUUAGAGGAUAACUUUUUCAUUCUCACGUAGGCAGCGAAUGAAAUGUUUUUUUAUUCUUCACGUGAAAUCGAAAAUUCUUCAGUUUGCUUCUGGAUACUAUAUACUUUUCUUCUAUAUAACUAAACGCCUUAUAUCUAUAAAAAAUCGAGUAAAAAAAUUUACAGCUGAAAGCUUAACGAAAAUAAAUAUGUAAAAAAAAACUAAUAUUAUUAUUAUAUUGUAUAAUAGUACAUAAUAUUAUAUGAAAAAUUAUCGUGUAUUGUAAUAAAAAUCUAAGUGAAUGAUCGCUUUGGUGCGUUGACAGUUCGAGUCUAAAUCAUUUGAGGUGUUUUUGUUCGAUAAUUUGUUAAAAUAGCGGCUUAUUCACCGUAAAAUUAAAUAAAACCACUACACUGGGCUGGUCGGGUGUUUUGAAGUCCGCCAUAUUGGGCAGUAAGUCAACUCCGGCUCAAAGGCCGAGUAACUGAUGGCCGUAAAGAAACUUAAAAAUUUAUUCUUUUGGGUUCUGCGCGUGUACUUAUGUCGAAAUGUUUGCGUAAAAAAACUGUCUGCGUCGAAGUGAAUCAUUUCAGUCAGAUUUAAUUAUUUCAUAAACUAUUAAUCCUUUUUGUAUACCAAAAAUAAAGAUAUUGCCAUGUCUACUCCCGACACCCAAUAUAUUAACCAUUGACGUUAAUAAAACCCUAUUUAUACAUACAACCUUUAUAUUUAUUUUUGGUAAUCAAAACGUAUUGUUUUUUUUUUUAAAUUAUAUUUUGUUUUUUUUUUUCUAAUCAAGUCAUGUAAAUAAAUUUUUACAAUAUGAGUCUACUAGUUAAGGAGGCUCAUUGACGAUUGUUGCUAUGUGAAAACAGAAAGAAUUUUAUUGAAAUUUUGUUUUAAUGUAUAAGUACAAUAUAUUAAUGUAUAAAUCUGCGUUUAAUUUCAACGUUGAAAGUUCCGAAUGCUACUCUCACAUUCAAUUGUAUGUCGUAAGUAUUUGAUAUAGAGAACGUAAUGAAACAUAUGUACAAAUCGUGUUAAUUAGCUGUCGGAACCAGGGGAUUGCUGUUGAACCACCGACCCAACGCCAUCUGUCAGACGGCCACGGUACUGUGCCGGGAACCCCCUAACCAUUGAGUAAUAACUGAUGUUGCCGCUUCGAUAACUUCCACGCGUUUGUUCGACAGCCAUUGUUCACUGAGAACUGCAGUCACGUAGAGGUUGUUUGUUUGUAAAUCGGAAUAAUUACUAACAUUAUAAACCGAAUAAUAAAGUUUUUGUUGAA